GAAUAAGGAGAUCUCUGAGCAAUCUCACGUUUCCCAUUUGGGUCUAAUGGAAUUUGUAAGAUUCGGUGAAAAUCUGGUCGGAUCUUUGCAUUCUAAGAUCUUGGGCGCGUCUAUUUCAGCCCAGAAUGUGAUGGGCUUUCUUCCAAUCGGCCCUUGAGAGCCAUCAGCAUCCCCUUGCCUCCUCUCGUCGCCACCCUUAAAUUUCUCUUCAUCCUGAGUCUCCCUGCAUAGCCUUGGCGAUCUUGUGCCCAAUGGAAACCAUGAGCGCAGCAUCCGAUGCUCCUCCCUUUCACGUCCUUGCAGUCGAUGACAGCCUCAUAGACAGAAAACUCAUUGAGAAACUCCUCAAGAUAUCUUCUUAUCAUGUUACAAGUUUCGAUUCUGGGUCCAAAGCUUUGGAAUAUUUGGGAUUGAACCAUGAAAUGGAGGUCAACUUGAUUAUAACCGAUUACUGCAUGCCUGGGAUGACUGGAUACGAUCUGUUGAAACAGAUCAAGGGGUCUUCUUCUCUAAGGGAUAUACCAGUGGUGGUUAUGUCUUCUGAGAAUCUGCCCUCAAGGAUUAACAGGUGUUUGGAAGGAGGGGCAGAGGAAUUUUUUGUCAAACCCGUGCAAUUAUCAGAUGUUAAUAGGCUUAAACCCCAUCUACUGAAAGGGAAAAUCAAAGAGAAGGAGAGGUCGCCAGAACAAUCCCCAGAACCUCAGGAACACCUACAACAGAUGCCACAAUCACAAACACAACAACAGCAGCCGCAACUGCAACCACAAGUACAGCAGUAUUGUCAUCAACAGCAACAAUUGAGUCCAAACAAGAGAAAAGUUAUCUCUGACAUCUUUUCUUCAGGAAGCAGAAGGCUCAGAUUUGGUGGGUUGACUUUGCCCUGAGAUGUAUAUGGAACUCUUGGCAAGGCCAUCACCAAGAAAGACGAUGUUUGUCACUGUUAAUACAUGAUUUUUUUUCUUUUCUUGCUUGUAGUAGAGAGGUAACACCCCUGUAAAUCCAUUCAUUCAAAUUUUGUUGUGCUCAAUUUUGGAGAUGUAACUUUUUUGAUAACAAGUGAAUGCCUAAAUUUGGAAGUUGUUGUCAGAAGCAUCUUGAUGAUGAAAUUCCUCCUGUCAUAUAAAACUCGGAAAGAAUCAUUGACACACACAAGUGGUUUGCCACGAUGAUGUGGUUCUGUCUAAAUAAGUGAUGGGCAGUUUACAGCCGAUCGAAAAAGGCAUAAAAUUUCUCA